AUGAACUUACAGAAAUGUAAAAGAUGCGGAGAAACCGUAUAUCAUAAUGAACGGAUGGGACCAGUACAUGAUGCCGUUUUUCAUCGAAACUGUUUCAAAUGCUGCCUAUGUGGCACCACGUUGAAUUUAAAGAAUUAUUUCUCCAAUCAAAUCGAUGCCAAUGACAGUGAAGUGUAUUGUGUCAAACAUGUUCCAAGAAUUGGUGGUGCCAAGAUCGAUUCUCAGUCUAUGUCCAUACAACAUAAUAUGUUGAAAGCAAACCAAGGUGGAUUAAAUCGCCAUACAUCGGAAGUACGAGUUCAUGGGGUGGCACCGAGUUUGGAUGCUGAUGCUUUUGGAAUUAGUCAUGCUAUGGCAGCAACUCGAUUGAUUCCCAAAACUGAUAAGUCUGUACAUCAGUCCAAUGUUGGCGCCGAUGCUCUGUAUAUCAGACAACAAAUGGAUGCUCAAGCCUUACAGAGGCGUUAUCAGAGAAAAUUAGAUAAACAUCAUUUUCCACCUCAUAUUAAGAAAGAUCAACUUCUGAGAGCUCAGAAAGAUUUAGAGGAGCAGCUGAAGAAAGAGGAAGAUGAACUCUUUGCUAAAUUGGACAGUGAGAAGAAAGCUAACUCUCAGAAUAUUAAUGAAGAAAUUAGUAAAGAAUGGGAACAAAGAUUAAAAGAUUUAACUGAGAGGUUUGAGAGAGAUACAGAUAAGAAGAGAAAGAAGCUGAAAGAUAGCGAAAAGAAGAUGAUGACAAUUCAGUUUGAAAAUGAGAAGAAAUCCUUAGAAAAUACCAUGACAUUGAAGAAAGAUAAGAAACAGAAGACAAUGACCUUGAGAUUGAGAGAGAAAGGUCAAAGAGCUACGUCUGAAAUGGUGAAGAAACAGAGCACACAGAUGUUACAGAUGUUGGCUGCUAAACAAGAAGAAUUAAAACAAGAAAUAGUGAAAGAAUUGGAGAAAGAGACAGAAAUAGCUGUAAUCCUGCAGAAACCAGCAGUAAUAGAACCACCAUCCCCUCAUCCACCAUCAUGUCGUAAAAAAGAACUGUUUGAUGGUAUUAGCAUCUUUAAUGAUAUUGAUGAACAAGUCAUCAAGGUGGCUGAAACUGAUCAAGAAACACAUACAGAACUUAUUCAACAAUUAACAGAGAAUUUAAUAACAGAUCUAGAGAAAGCAAGAGCUAUAUAUAGAUGGAUAACAGUAAAAGAUCUAAAUGUAAUGGAUUUUAAUGAAGUAGCAGAAUCUGAUACACCUAUGGGAUUGUUACGUGGUAUUAAGUUUGGUACUGAAACAUAUCAUGUCCUGUUCAUGAGGCUUUGCAGUUAUGCUGGGUUACAUUGUGUAGAAAUUAAAGGGCAUUCUAAAAGUGUUGGUUAUGAACCAGGUAUGAAGAUAACACCAGAAACUUUCCAGAAUACUUGGAAUGCUGUAUUAAUAGAAGGUGAUUGGAGACUGAUUCAGUGUAACUGGGGAGCCAGACAUUUGGUAAUGAAUAAAGACAAAGAGAGAGAAAAAGUUGUGAAACGUAGAGAUCAAAUCAGAUAUCAAUACGAUGAACAUUAUUUCUUAACAGAUCCGGAUGAAUUUAUACAAGAAUUCUGGCCACACGAUCCAAAAUGGCAACUACUAGAAUGUCCGUUGGAGCUAGCAGAUUUUGAAUCUUUACCAUUUGUGCGUUCUGUGUUCUUUCAUUAUGGUAUGCAAUUUGAUCAACAUAAAGCUGCUGUUAUAGAAACUGGUGAAAAAGGUGGAAUCAAAAUAGCUUUAAGAAUUCCUGAAGAACAUGAAAGUGAUCUUGUGUUUUUCUAUCAACUACGUUUCGCUGAUAAAGAACGUAGAAAUGACUUAACGUAUCGUGGUGCUAAUUUAGAGAGGUUUGUCUUUCAAGCUAUGGUUGACAACAGCGUGACAUUUAGUAUUCAUGUACCAACAGUGGCCGAGUAUUUCUUCGAAGUUUUUGCUAAUAAAAUUGAUGAGACAAAUCGCUGUUUAGAAGAUAGCAAUUCUAAUCUGGCACCCUUCCGUUUAAAAUGUGCCUGUAAAUUUAAAAUUACAUGUGGAAGCCUGAUAGGCAAGAUGCAUGCUCUUCCAAAUUGUGCUGCUGGUGAAUGGGGUCCAAAGAAAGCCUACCGCCAUUUUGGAUUAAAACCAAUCUUACCAGCUGACCAGUAUGGAAUGUUAACAGUGGAAGAUAAAUUUCAGAUAAGAUUCCAGAUACCUAGACCUCUACAAUUUGUGGCCAAGUUGAGAAUGAAUCAAGUUGAAGAUCAAGUUUUAGAGCCAUUCAUUCAUUUAACAGCAGAGGGUCAGAUACUUUCUGUGUCUGCUACUCUGCCUCAACCUGGUCAAUAUGGCCUUGACCUUUAUGCCAGACCUAAGGGAUCAUCAGAAGGAAAUACUCUAUCUCAUUCUUGUAAAUAUUUGAUUAACUGUAUUAAG